UCGUUACUGAAUCGGCUAAGAUUAGUAGAUGACACCAUAUCCUCUACUCUCAUCUUCAUCUUCCCAACCCCCUCAAACCUACCUGCAAAUGAACUCCAUCACCUUGCAAGGCGUUCAUAUCUUCCAGCUUUCUCCGUAUGUUCAAGUUCGCCGCAGAAGCCCCGCGGUUUUCAAAUUCAACCUCAGCCACUUCCCCCGACCUUCUCCGCGACGCUCGAGUAUCCUCCGCUCCCGGAAGUACCCCAAUUUCGAGGUGGUUCGGUGCUCGAUUCGGGAAGGUAGAGUCUUGGAGCUCGAGGAUGCAGCAUUGAUAGUGUCGACUUGUAUUACUCGGAUGUUUCCUCCGGCAUUGACGCUGGAGCAAGGGUUGGAGAAGAUUGAAGAAGCUGUUGAGGAGUUGAAGGCGAACCCUCCUGCUUGUGCUUUUGGGAUGCUAAGAUUUCAGGUUGCAGUUCCACCUAGUCCAAAGUCUUUGAACUGGUUCUGCUGUCAGCCAGAGUCAUCAGCAGUGUUUCCAAUAAUCUUUCUUUCCAAGGAGAGGGACAAUCCGACCUAUAAAUCACUUGCUUUGGGUAGAACUCAUGGAGUCUUUGGAAUUGGUUCUGCAAUCAACUUCAAGGGCCCUUCUUCAACCACUGCUGGAGAAUUGAGUGAAAGUGGAAGAUAUGUUUCCAUUGAUCCAAAACUUAUAGUGGCUUAUGGAUUUUUCGGUAUUGAUUCUGAUAAACUGCUGUCUUUCAUGAAGCAUGAGGCUGGCUCAGAUUACUUUUUUGUUCCCCAGAUUACAUUAGAUGAGGUUGGAGGUACUUCAAUCUUGGCUGUGCAACUGGCAUGGAAUGAUUCAUCUAUGUGCAACUUUGAAGAGGCUCUUCAAACAUAUGAUGUCUCUCUUCUCCAGGCCAAACAUAGCUGUUGCACCAAAUCAGGAGGAUGCAGCAGCAAACACAUUAGCAGUACUCUUGGGAAAUUUAACACACUAGGGGAUGAAAAUAUCCAAAUGGUAUGCAUCACUCCACUCCAGCUGGUUAGAAAUUAUCUUGGACCAAGCAAUGUGGAACUGAAAGAGGUUACGUGCUGUUCCAGUCAGUUCUUCGUGAGGCUUUCACCCUCUUUGACUAUUGCAAAUAACAUGUGUCACUGCAAUCAUCUAAAUGAAGUUGAGUACAUAAAGCAAAAAUGGGCCAACAUUAAUUUCUUGUGGGCAUCUCUUAUAAUUGAAGAAUGCAACCGACUUGGUUUAACGUAUUUUUGUAUAGCUCCAGGCUCAAGGUCAUCUCCCCUAGCAAUUGCCGCUUCUACUCAUCCAACUACAACUUGUAUUGCAUGCAUAGAUGAGCGUUCACUUUCAUUUCAUGCUGUUGGUUAUGCCAAAGGUUCGCAGAGACCUGCAGUUGUCAUAACAUCAUCAGGCACGGCAGUUUCAAAUCUCCAUCCUGCUAUUGUUGAGGCAAGUCAAGAAUUUGUCCCACUUCUCAUUCUUACAGCGGAUCGUCCUCCAGAGUUGCAAGAUGUUGGAGCAAAUCAAGCCAUCAAUCAGGUCAACCACUUUGGUCCAUAUGUAAGGCAAUUUUUCAAUUUACCUACACCAACUGAUGAUAUUUCUGCAAGGAUGUUGCUUACCACAGUUGACUAUGCUGUUCAUAUUGCAACCUCUUCACCAUGUGGUCCAGUCCAUAUCAACUGCCCAUUUCGGGAACCACUAGAUAAUAGUCCAAAAACAUGGAAAGAUUGGUGUUUAAGUGGGUUAAAUGUUUGGAUGUCAACCGCUGAACCUUUUACUCGCUACUUUCAAGUCCAACAUCCAUUUGAAUGCAGCUAUGCUGACACAGACAUGGCUGAGGUUUUGCAAGUGAUACAAAUGGCAAAUAAAGGCCUUUUAUUGCUUGGAGCUAUUCAUGGAGAGGAUGAUGUAUGGGCAGCGCUUCUCCUUGCCAAACACCUUUCAUGGCCAGUUGUAGUUGACAUCUUGUCAGGUCUACGUUUGCGGAAGUACAUUGAUCAUUUUCCUGGAAUUGAAAAUAAAGUCUUGUUCAUUGAUCAUCUAGACCAUUUACUCCUCUCAGAUUCAGUCAAGGACUGGAUGCAAGCUGAUGUGAUAAUUCAGAUUGGAAGUCGUAUUACAAGCAAGCGUAUCUCACAAAUGUUAGAGAGUUGCUUCCCAUGCUCAUAUAUAAUGGUUGACAAACACCCAAGUCGUCAUGAUCCUCAGCAUAUUGUAACACAUAGGAUACAGACUACUAUCACUCGUUUCACAAACUGUUUACUUAAAGCUUGUGUACCACAUACUGGCAACCGAUGGAGAGGCUUUCUGCAAGUAUUGAAUACGACGGCUGCCUGGGAGAUAUCCUUGUUAAUCAAUUCUGAGAACUCCCUCACUGAACCUUAUGUUGCACACAUCCUUCUGGAAGCUAUUUGCUCUGAAUCUGCUAUCUUCUUUGGAAACAGCAUGCCAAUCCGUGAUGCAGACAUGUAUGGAUGGAACGGGCCAGAAUGUGACCAUAAUUUGGCCAUCAUGAUGGGGUCAGGGUCUUGUCACUAUAUACAAGUUGGUGCUAAUAGAGGUGCUAGUGGUAUUGAUGGUUUGCUAAGCACUGCUAUUGGUUAUGCUGUUGGCUGCAACAAAAGACUUCUUUCUGUAAUUGGAGAUGUUUCUUUUCUGCAUGACACAAAUGGAUUGUCCUUGUUGAGACAAAAUAUUCCAAGGAAGCCAAUGGCAAUAGUUGUCAUAAACAACCAUGGUGGAGCAAUCUUCAGUCUUCUCCCUGUGGCAGGCAAUACCGCAAGAAACAUUUUAGACCAGUACUUUUACACAACUCAUGAUGUUUCAGUUCGGAAUCUAUGCAUGGCACAUGGUGUGAAACAUGUACAAGUAGGGACAAAGAUGGAUUUAAGAGAUGCUUUAUUCACUUCUAAAACACAAAAUGAAGAUUGCGUCAUUGAAAUUAAUAGCUCCAUUGAUGACAAUGCAUCCUUUCAUAGUACUUUGAGAAAAUUUACACGCCAAGCUGUGGAUCAUGCUUUGAGCAGCCUUUCAAGGAUUUCAGUUUCAGGUUUUUUGGUUGAUGGCUUCAUGCUCUACAAAGUUGGUAAAAUGGAAUAUUCCCUUUAUAGAGUUCAGCUGUGCUCUCCUCCUACUUCAGCUUCAGCCAGUAACAAAUCUUCUGCUUUCUUCCGAGAAGGCUUUAUAAUAAGUUUGUCUCUUGCAGAUGGUGGCACUGGUUUUGGGGAGGUAGCACCUCUAGAGAUUCACAAGGAAAACCUGUUUGAUGUUGAAGAGCAACUCCAAUUCCUCACUCAUUCUAUUGAAGGAGUUACAAUUCAACAUUUUCUUCCUUUGCUGAAAGGUUCAUUCUCUUCAUGGUUGUGGCAUACUUUAGGAAUUCUGCCAAGUUCAAUCUUUCCAAGUGUCCGGUGUGGCCUGGAAAUGGCUGUUCUCAAUGCUAUUGCAGCUAGUGAAGGUUCUAGUUUAUUGAAUAUACUCCACCCACAAACAAUAGAGUUAUCUGGGAGGCCAUUAGAUGUCAAAAUUUGUGCACUUCUUGAUGGUAAUGGGAGUCCAAAAGAGAUUGCUUGUAUGGCAGCUGAUCUUGUAAAAGAGGGUUUUACAGCUCUAAAGCUUAAGGUUGCACGCCAUCAUGAUCCCAAUCAAGAUGCUUCAGUUGUACAGGAGAUACGAAAGAAAAUUGGUGGAGAAAUUGAACUUCGUGCUGAUGCAAACCGGAAUUGGUCCUAUGAGGAAGCCAUUCAAUUUGCUCAUUCUGUAAAAGAUUAUUGUCUGCAGUAUAUUGAGGAACCUGUUAAUAGUGAAGAAGAUAUAAUCAAGUUUUAUGAAGCAACUGGCUUACCUGUGGCUCUGGAUGAAACCAUCAACAAUUAUAGAGAAAAUCACUUUGAAAUGCUUUCAAAGUACACACAUCCUGGGAUAGUUGCAUUUGUUAUCAAGCCAAGUGUCAUUGGUGGCUUUGAAAAUGCAGCACUGGUUGCCCGAUGGGCUCAGCAGCUAGGGAAGAAUGCUGUUAUCAGUGCCACAUAUGAAACUUCCCUGGGUUUAUCAGCUUAUGUUCAGUUCUCCCGUUUUAUUGACCUGCAAAACCUAGAUAUACUUCGAAUCACUAGUAAGGAAGAAAGUCUGUCAAUUGCCCAUGGUCUUGGAACUUACAAAUGGUUCAAGGAAGAUGUGAGCACACUGCCAUUAGUAACUCGUUGUAAUCCAUCCUAUGGUUUUAUGGAGGCAUCUAUUGCUGAUGCUGAUCGACUCCUCAAGGAAUUUCAAUUCAAUCAGAAAGCAGUUGUUCGCAGUUCUACUAAUGCAGAAAUUUCUACAUAUCAGUUGAAAACUGACCUGGACAGUGUUUCCAUCUCCAUUAAUGUCCAUGAGAUUGGAGAAAGUGCAAAUAAUAAUGUUAUUGUCUUUCUGCACGGUUUCCUUGGAACCAGUGAAGAUUGGAUUCCAAUCAUGAAAGCCAUGUCAGGCUCUGCCAGAUGCAUUUCAAUUGACCUCCCUGGCCAUGGCAGAUCAAAGCUGCAAGAUCGGGCUGGUAAUGAUGUUAUGGACGAAUCAACUUUUUCAAUCGAAGCCAUUUCCACUAUCUUGUGCAAUUUGCUUGGCAAAUUACAUCUCAAGAAAGUAAUCCUUGUUGGAUACUCCAUGGGAGCCAGGAUAGCAUUAUACAUGGCACUAAGGUGCAAUGCCACGGUUGAAGGAGCUGUCAUAAUCUCUGGAAGUCCUGGACUAACAAAUCCAGUAGAACGAAAAUUGCGCAGAGCCAAGGAUGACUUUACUGCAUCAUUCCUGGUUUCUUCAGGCCUGGAAUCAUUUAUAGACAGUUGGUAUGCUGGGGACCUCUGGAACAGUUUAAGAUGUCAUCCACACUUCAAGAACAUAGUUUCCACCCGCUUGCAACACGAUAAUCUGGAAACUCUCGCGAGAGUUCUGUCUGACUUGAGCAUUGGCAGGCAGCCGCCAUUAUGGGAAGACCUGGAACACUGCAAACUACCACUUCUACUCAUAGUUGGAGAAAGAGAUGCCAAAUUCAAGACCAUUGCUCAGAAGAUGCACGAUGAAAUCAACCAAAAUGCAACUAUAGAUUGUCCAGAAAUGAUUGAAAUCCCUUCCUGCGGGCAUGCAGCACACCUUGAGAAUCCGCUUCGGGUCAUCAGUGCAAUAAGCCAGUUCAUGAGGAAGGUGAAGAACAUGGUUGAUUAAAGCCAGAUAUUACAAGUUCUGGUAACUCGAAUCCUAAGAGUUAUUAUUGCAGUGUAAACUUAUUUAAGCUUUUGUGUUCACCUUGUUCAUUUCAUUGCGAAAUGAAUGUCUAGCACAAUACAUAUGAAUAUUUAGUUGUGAACUGAAGAUGGUAUGACUAUGAAUUUAUAUUGACACUUGGAUA